AUGGCCGCGGCGCACAGUCCCGAGUUGCACGGCGAGACCGAUUUGAAGCGGGCAAAUUCCGGGCCGGACGACGACAACCACGACCACAUCGGGUCAAAUGGUUCCACGCCCACGGGGAUCGCAACGCCCCAGCCCGAUCCCGCAGACAAACGUCUGCCCUCCAUCAUGCACAACUACUUCCAGCAGGAUGAGGCGGAGGGGCCAGACCAGAGCGGGGGGUCUCUCUUCACUACCCUCAAAAACUAUCUCUCUUCAUCCGCAACCGUUGAUACCCCUUCCCGCCGUCAAACCUCUCUCCCAGUGUCCAGCGUCUCGGACGACCCCGUUCUUGCCUCACAUUUCUCCAACCCAUCUUUACCCACAGAAGCUUGUGCCUUGACCGAAGCUCUCUUACUCGACCACGAAAAGCCGAAUGUUUCCAUAUCUUCCGAGAAUCUUGCCAAGCUAACAGAUGGGGCGUGUCUCAAGAACACCCCGCCGUUGACUCCCCGCGCCAUGUCCAACGAGGGCCAAUCGACCGAGCGCACCCCCGCUACCUCGGCGCCGCAACCGACCGAGGAAUCCAACCCGGACGACAUGGACAGCUCGACCGACGAGAUCACCAUGAAACUCGACGAGGCGUUCCCCUCCCAGACUGCGUCUUCUCCGCAGAACGGCCCUCCCGUGGGCCCGCUCAAGGGUAAAUUGUUCGUCAAAAUUUCCGAGGGCCGCGGGUUACGACCGUCGUUCGACCCGUACGUCGUGUGCGUGUUUGAAUGGAACGAGUAUAUUUCCAAGGGGGCGCGCGAUGACGAGCAAGAGAAAAAGCGGCGGCAGAUUGAGUCGGACGCCGAGGCCGGCCGACCAAUGGCAAUCCCCAUGAAAAGCCGCCAGAGCAGCCACAAUAGUGCCCUCGAUGGUCCUGACCAUCAUAAGGGGAAGAUGCCUGUGACCGAUCCCCAUUGGAGUCAUGAGGCUGUCUUUGAUGUUAUGGGUGAUCAAUCAGAAAUCGACGUCACAGUCUACGAUCGCAACAACCAAGAAACGUUCUUGGGCCACGGAUUCACUUUCGUGAACGAGAGUUCCAUCGACCACCACCUCAAGCACGAGCCCGGUGAUCGAAUGGAGGAGGACACCAUGCAAGACGAUGCGAAGUGGCAACGGUCCCACCGACCAAAUACCUCGGUCGACCAGCGCAUGGGCGGCGUCCAGAAGACGCAAGACGGCACCGACCCGGGUAUCUUCAACGUUGACGAUGCUUUUGAUGCGUGA